AUGUCUCAAAGUUGGUUGAGGCAAUAUCCUGCACGAAUAAUGAUGCAAUUACAACAAGAAAUAUUUUUGAAAAAGAACAUCUUCUCGCCAUUUGGAAAACGUGGUCAGGCGGAAGUUUCUAAUAGAGAUAUCAAGAAAAUAUUGGAAAACGUGGUUAAUUCAUCCUACAAGGAUUGGGCUGAUCACCUGGACUCAACAUUAUGGGCUUAUCGCACCGCGUACAAGACACCUAUUGGAAUGCCUCUUUACGGGUUAGUCUUUGGGAAAGCUUGCCACUUACCACUAGAGUUGGAGCACAAGGCUUUAUGGCCAUGCAAAAAGUUAAACUUCGACAAUCACACUGCAAGAGAAGCAAGGUUACUUCAUUUAAAUGAACUUCAAGAAUGGCAUUCUCAAGCCUAUGAGAACGCCAAAAUUUACAAGGAAAAGACAAAGGCAUGGCAUGAUCGCCGUAUAUGUAAACAAGAAUUGCACAUUGGACAGAAAGUACUACUCUUCAAUUCAUGUUUACAUCUAUUUUCGGGUAAAAUUUGUUCGUGA